AUGGAUCAGAAUAGUACAAUUGACAGUACUUCACACACUCAGAAGAAGUACGUUACACAUAGACGUACAGUGGAGGUUACGUCUCCCUUUAAUAGACUCUAUUAUUACAAGAAACAUGGACUUCAAUUACCAGAUAUCGAGCCAGAGACAUCGUUCACAGCUAACAUAAUGCCUCCAAGUUCGUAUGUAAAUAAUAAUGAUAGGGCUGUGAAUGUAAUAGGUAAAUUUACACAUCUUUCUUCUAAUAAAGUUAAACAUGUAAUACCGGCUAUUCAAUGGACCCCCGAAGGAAGACGACUGAUCGUAGCUACAUAUAAUGGUGAACUUUCACUGUGGAAUGGUUUUUCAUUUAAUUUUGAGAGUUUGAUGCAAGCUCACGAUUCUGCAGUAACAACGAUGAAGUACUCUCACGCUGGGGAUUGGAUGGUCAGUGGUGAUGCAGAUGGGAUUAUUAAGAUAUGGCAACCUAACUUCAAUAUGGUCAAAGAACUGGAUUCUGCACAUACUGAGAGUAUAAGAGAUAUUGCAUUCAGUAAUAAUGAUUCAAAAUUUGUUAGUUGUUCGGAUGACAACAUUUUAAAAAUAUGGAAUUUUAGUAAUGGUAAAGAGGAAAGAGUGUUGUCGGGCCACCACUGGGACGUCAAGAGUUGUGAUUGGCAUCCAACAAUGGGCCUAAUCGCUUCAGCAUCCAAGGAUAAUCUAGUUAAAUUAUGGGAUCCUAGAGCUGGUAACUGUAUAUCCACGAUACUUAAUUUCAAACACACUGUCUUAAGGACAAGAUUUCAACCAACGAAAGGUAAUUUAUUAGGUGCAAUAUCAAAGGAUAAAUCAUUGCGUAUUUUUGAUAUAAGGUAUGGCUUGAAAGAAUUAAUGGUUGUAAGAGAUGAGAUUGAUUAUAUGGAUCUUUUAUGGUCCCCUAUAAAUGAGUCCAUGGUCACAGUAGGUAGCUAUGACGGUUCUAUCAAGCAUUUUGAUUUGUUACAGGAUACAGAAGAACCAAUUCAUACCAUUCCCUUCGCACAUGAUAAAUGUAUUACGUCUAUGGCAUACAAUCCUAUGGGUAAUAUUUUGGCAAGUGCUUCAAAGGACAGAACUAUCAGAUUCUGGACAAGAGCGAGACCACAUGAUCCAAAUGCAUUUGACGAUCCUUCUUAUAACGAUCAAAAGAUUAACGGAUGGUAUUUUGGCAUUAAUAAUAAUAUCAACGCAGUAAGAGAGAAGUCUGAGUUUGGUGCAGCACCUCCGACAUUGGAUGGUAACACUCCAGCUCCAAGUGGUUACUCUGGUACGUCAUCUACAUCUUCAUACAACAGAGUCCCUAAUAACAAUUACCGUAAUGACAAUAAUAGCAACAACAACAAUAGACGAAUUACGGGAUCACCCGAGAAGAAACAACCACCAGCAUCUGGCAGCCUACCAGGCUUGAAUUCAUCACUACCGGGACUUAAUUGA